UACCGCCUGGUGAUGACACCAGGCAGGCCAAAAAUUCAUCCCACCAAAAACAGGCAGAAAUUUAAAUCCUUCCUUUCAAACAGUUCUUACACUGAAAGGGCAUUAUCAUAAUUUUCACAAUAUUAUUCCAACCUCAUAGUGUGGCAAUAUAGUGUAAAUAAAACACAGGAAAAUCGGCACUGGGCCUUUAAAACAGAAUUACCUGGGUCCACUGCCAGAUAUGAUGUGGCUCAUUAAUGUACCAUCUGGGAUUUACCAGCUAAUGCAAACAAUGACCACAUACACAUUUUGCAACAAAGAAGUCUCCAUUUCCAAUUAUGUUAUGGCUCAAUUAACCACCGGAUAAAUAUGUUUGUCUGGUGGAAUUACAGAUAUUCUUACCUUAAAUACAAUACUGCACAGGACCGUGUGCUUAAAGAAAUCUCACAUGUCAAACUGGAAUCUCCUGACUUCCCCCUUGCACAUCUAGUAGGAGUUGUCUUGCAGGCUUUUUCUAUAAGCGCUUCCUCCUUUUUAGUUUUUAAUAACACACUGUCAUACAGGGCAGACAGAUCUGUUCGACCUGAACUGUGAGAAAAUGUUACUCACUGUGGUGUUGUGUUUACAUGUCAUUUUCGUCCCGUGGAGCGACUCAUUACCGACGAGACGACAGCCGGGUCCAGUCAACAACCGACCGAUUAUUGGAAUUUUAACUCAAGAAGUAGAAGAUGAUGUGAUGAAGCCGUUUGGAAAGACCUACAUCCCUGCUUCCUAUGUAAAGUAUAUAGAGUCAGCAGGAAGUAGAGUGCUACCUAUCAGGUUGACUCAGAGUACUGAUGAGUAUGAGAACAUUUUCAAGUCGAUUAAUGGCCUGCUGCUCAUCGGAGGUUCGUCAGAUCUAGAGACGUCAGACUUUGCCAAGGUGGCAGGGAUCUUCUACCGGCUUGCCCUCAAGGCCAAUGAUGCUGGAGACUCUUUCCCUAUCUGGGGCACAUGUCUGGGGAUGCAGCUGCUGACUUGUCUGGUGGCUGGAGAGAACCUGCUGACCAAAACCACAGCUGAGAACAUGGCCCUUCCCCUGAACCUCACCAAAGAGGCCCAUUCCAGUCAAAUGUUCCAGGGGUUCCCCAUUGAUGUCAUGAAGGCAUUAUCCCAGGAAGCUUUGACAGGGAAUUUUCACCAAUAUGGAGUGACCGUGAAGACAUUCAAGGAAAAUGAGAAGCUACAAAGUUUCUUCUCCAUCUUGUCCACGAACACAGCUGAGAAUGGUGCCAUCUUUGUCUCAACCAUGGAAGGGAGGACCUACCCCUUCUAUGGGGUCCAGUGGCAUCCUGAGGUGAACCGUUUCCAGUGGGACCCCAAACUCAACUUCCCCCACUCCUCAGACGCUGUACGCGUUGCCUCCCUACUGGCUGAGUUCUUUGUCAAUGAAGGCAGGAGAAGUUUGCAUCACUUCGACCAGCCUGAGGAAGAGGCCGUGUCACUCAUAUACAACUACACACCAACCUACGCUGGCAACUUCACUGGAUACGAGCAGAUCUACUUCUUCUGAGAUGUUGUGCCCUCACAACGCUAUAAUUCGUCCCUGAUGUUAUUAUGGGAUGUUAUGAGAAGUUUACCAUGGGCACUAAUUGUUAGCUCUGAAAUGUGACAUGUUCUAAAACUUCAUAUACAGACUUUUAGAAAUGUUGAGUGAUCAUUGCAAUUAAAAUGUUUUAUUAUAUGUAUAAUUGCACCACAUGAAAUGAUGAUUUUCCUGUAGGCUAAAUAUACCCAUAUAGGCCUAGUCACUGUAUGGUGGUUUAGUAGCUGGCCUAUUUUGGCAUGAGAUUGCUGUUGGGUGUAAAUGUUUAUUGUUGAAAUGAAUUCAACCUUCUGGCCCAAUCUACACUGAACAAAAAUAUAAACGCAACAUGUAAAGUGUUGGUCCCAUAUUUCAAGUGCUGAAAUAAAAUGUCCCAGAAAUGUC